UCAUGUAUUAAUUCUUCCAUGAGCAACAGUCCAUGCAAAAAUCCUACGCUUUUUAGCAUUUCAAAUCAUCAUUUGUGGGUCAAAAUUGGAGGAAAGUGGAUUGUCUAUCAACGAAUAAAAGAAAACCUUAAAAGAAAAUGUACCGGAAGUAUCAAGAUCCCACAACCUUUUAUUAGAAAUUACUGAUUCCAAAUACACCAAAUGAAACAAAGACAGCAAAGAUGAAAUUUUUACAAUUUUUUAACCAUUAGGUUUCCAAAAAAAUUGAAAUUCCAACCUCCUGAGAAGAAGAGGAAACCAUAUACAAGCAACAGGGACAUUUUGAGACUGAGACUACUUGAAGAAACGAGGAAAUAACAGAGCAAGAGAGUGCUCACCUUUCCAAAAACAAAUUCUUUCACUGCUCCCCACUCACCCAACAUGACCACAGUCUUCUCUUGAAGAAAAUUUCUCAAAUCUCUUAACAAUAGGCCUUCAUAUUUUAUCAUAAUCUCUAGCGAGUCCAUCAUAACUUGGGAAGUAUGGUCCCUCAUUUUUAUGCCAACAUUUUCAGUGUCAAGCAAUAACUUUCCCUCCUCUUCCUCUUCAGAUUGACUCCGUCACCAGAAGGAUCCAGUAGCUUUUAUUUACUGAUUGUGUGAUGAAGCCAUUAGAUUCAAAGAGCCAAUAGCUGAGGAAGCCUGGUUAAAGAUAUGCCUCAAGUGCAUAAAGGACAAAUUCAAGUUUCCUGCAAAAAGAAACCAAAAUCAGGGGUUGCGAAACACACAAUGCAGUGCAUACCAUUUGCUGGGAGUAAUGGAUUUUCCCAGUAAUCAAGUCUCACCAUUGCAUGCAACAAUAUCGGGUAACCCUUUGUAUCAGACUGGAGUCUCUCACAGUAUCAAAUUGGAGAUGUCUCAUGCAGUAUCGGGAUUAAUGCAAAGAUUACUGCUGGUGGAUUUGGACCCUGCAACAGCGAAGCUGGCAAUUGGGUUGCUGGGGCCUUUCUUCUCAGCCUUUGGCUUUCUGUUCAUUUUGAGAAUUGUCAUGUCCUGGUACCCAAAACUUCCAGUAGGAAAAUUUCCAUAUGUAAUAGCUUAUGCCCCCACGGAGCCACUUCUCAGCCCAACCCGGAAGUUGAUUCCACCCCUUGGUGGAGUGGAUGUAACUCCUGUUGUCUGGUUCGGAUUGAUCAGUUUCCUUAAUGAAAUAUUAGUAGGCCCACAAGGGCUACUUGUCCUCCUAUCUCAACAGGUUUAG